AUGACAGAAUCAGCGGAGUUCCAGAAAUUGAGACAAAGAGAGGGACUCAAGCGUCACCACUGUCAGCAAUGUGACAAAUCCUACCCAAGAGCAGGAUCUUUAAAGAUUCAUCAGAGAGGUCACACUGGAGAGAAACCGUACAGCUGUGACCAAUGUGGAAAAGCCUUCACUCAAUCAGCUCACCUAGAAACCCAUCGACGUAUUCACACUGGAGAAAAACCAUACAUGUGUAACCUGUGUGGGAAACUUUUUGGUAAAUCAGAGCACCUUAAAAGACACAAACGUAUUCACACUGGAGAGAAACCGUACAGUUGUGACCAAUGCAUGAAAGCUUUCACUACAUCAGGUCAACUUAAACAGCACAGGCGUAUUCACACUGGAGAGAAACCGUACAGCUGUGACCAAUGUGGGAGAGCUUUCACUUCAAUCUCCUCCCUAAAAAGACAUCAUCUUUUUCACACUGGAGAGAAACCAUACUGCUGUGACAAAUGUGGGAAAGCUUUCACAACAUCAGUUCACCGAGCAAUUCACCAACAUCUUCACACUGGAGAGAAACCGCACUGGUGCGACCAAUGUGGAAAAUUUUUUGCUACAUCAAGUUACCUAAAAAGUCACCAACGUGUUCACUCUGAAGAGAAACCAUACUGCUGUGACCAUUGUGGGAAAUUUUAUUCUAAAUCAGGUGACCUAGAAAACCACAGACGUGUUCAUACUGGCGAGAAACCAUUCGGAUGUGACCAAUGUGAGAAAGCGUUUGCACGCAGUAGUACCCUGAAACGCCACAAACGCUCUCACACUUCUUCAUUUUGAACAUUUUUGUAAGUCAAGCGAGCUGUUUCUGCCUGCCUCGUCCUCCUGCCCUGAUUAUUGUGUUGUCUAGGGCUUCAUGAUGAUUCUAAUUGCAGUUGCCCCUGAGCUAUGCCACGCCGCAAAUAAGCACCUGGCAGUAUAUGACUCUCUCUAACUGAGGUUCAACACUUUCAU